AGAAAACAACAAAGAAUGAGAGAGAGAAAAAAAGAAGAGAGAGAAAGAGAGAGUUCACUUUCCAGCAAUGAAUGUCUUUUUUCCUUUCUACAGUUCACACUAACCUCGUAGCCUUUUCCUCUGUCAUAAUCGUUAAUAACCAUUAAUAAUAAUUAAUUAUUAUUAUUAUUAUUGUUAUUAUUAUUCAUAAAGUCUUGAUUUUUGGUUUUCUUCCUCAUUAUUAUACACAAUUGCAGUUUCACAAGUUUCUUCUUUUUUUGUUCAACCCAUUUCCAUUUUUUCACCAAGUUUGAAGCUUUUCUACUUUUCAACUACACCCAAUUAUCUCUUUUCUCAAUCACAAUGCAUGAUUGAUUUGCAGCUAAGCCUUCAUAUUGUGAAAUUUUCUCAACAGUUAUUGGGUGAAAUUCUAAUGGAAUCAUACAUGGAAGAUGAAAUUGAGGACAUGAGAGUCUUUUGGUAGACCCUUUUGUCUGUAUGGGAGGCUUGUUACAGUUUUUUGAAUUCAAUCAAGGGAGGAUGGCAAAGAAAGUCCAUGCUCACAAGAGACAUCAUGUUGGCCUUGAAACUCCUCGAAAUAGUCUAGAUCUUGAAGUAGAAACAUCUCAGAAGUACGGUCCACAAGGAGAAUUACCGCACUAUUAUCAAGUAGAAGAAGACUGGUCUGCAAAUAAUUGUUAUUCAAAUGCGGGUUCGAUGAAAAAGCUGAUCAAUGAAGAGCUAUCUGAACGAUCGAGCACCAGGCAAAAGGCACCAAGUCUUGUGGCAAGGUUGAUGGGGAUAGAUAUGAUGCCGGUAGACACUAAAUCUGUUGCUCUAUCAGAUAGAAGAAUAAGUGAAAAUAUCGGGAAGAAGUUUUCAAACAAGAGAACAAAUGGAAGGAGUUCAGUUAGUUUGGAAUGUUCCAACUUUAAUUCUUCUAGACAUACUGAAUUCGAUUCGUUUUGUAAAGUUAUUGAUGAUGAUGAUGAUGAUGAUGAUGGAUGGAGCCGGAGUUUUGGAAAACCAAGGCCAAGGGAACAUCCACAGGAAGAGGAACUUCAGAAAUUCAAGAAAGAGUUUGAAGCAUAUCAAGCAACAAGGUUUCAAGAAUGUUCAAAGUUUGUUGAAAUCGGAAGUGUUUCUAGCCGAUUUCUUGUUCAAGAGAAUCUGAACAAGGAAAAGGUUGCACAUAACAAUACAAGUAUGCAAAGGAAAAUCUUUUUUCCUUCAAAGAGCAGAACUUUAAGUAGAGACUUUGAAGAGUCCUUGAUGAUGAAAUCUUAUAACAGAUUAGAUACAUCUUCUUCGCCGACGCGAAUAGUUAUCUUGAAGCCUGGUCCUGAUAAUAGCACAUGCAAUCAUGAAGAGAAUUGGACUAAUUCAUCAGAAACAUUACCAGGUAGACAUAGUAUAGAAGAUUUUCUUGAGGAGGUGAAAGAGCGUUUGAAAUGCGAACUGCAAGGAAAAACGGUCGGAAAAAAAGGUUCUGAGACAGUGUUAAAUAAAAAACCAUCUGAUCCUAAAGUUAUAGCUCAUCAAAUUGUAAAGCAAGUCAGAGAAAAUGUGACUAGAGAUGCUGACUCAAAUUCGGGCUGCUCAGAAUCAACAAGGUCAUACAAAGAUGAAAUGCAGUUCAAUGGACUGAGUUUUCCCGAAUUUAUCAGUAGAGAUACAAGGAGGUUCUUAUCAGAGAGGCUAAGAAAUGUGGUGAAAAGUGAAAGACAUGACGAUAUUUCUGAGGUGAAUUCAAGAUCAAAUGCAUUUUACAAUCACAGAAUUAGACUCAAACAGAAUGGAAAUAUUUUGAAGUGUGCAAAUGAUUGGGAAAUAUCGAAAGACGAAACAGAAAUACAAACAGGAUCUUUCAGGCAUGAACUUAAUGAUAAUAACAUACUGUUCCACAGGGAAUUGUCACCUAGGAACCUUGUAAGAUCCUUGUCUGCUCCUGUAUCAAGAUCAGGAACAUCAUUUGGAAAGCUUCUUCUAGAGGAUCGCCACAUAUUAACCGGUGCUCAUAUUCGGCGGAAGCUUGAAGCUGUUGAAACUAUGUCUGUUGAUGUUAAGAAACAGAAAAAAGAGAGAUUUAAUAAUAUUAAAGAAAAGGUCUCCAAUUUUAGAUACAGUUUUGCUCUCAGAGGGAGGCUUUUUGGCAAGAGAGGUCAAUCAAUGGGAGAAUCACAUGGCGAUGAAUACCGUCGUGCAGUGAGAGAUAUCACAAGUGGUCCAACAGUUCUUAUGAACUGUGGUGAUGAGAGACAUGAGAACUACACUGAAGUACCUCCUAGUCCUGCAUCUGUGUGUAGCAGUGUUCAUGAAGACUUUUGGAGGCGGACCGAAUAUUUAAGUCCAAUAUCAACUCCUGAUGUGUCCUCAAGAGAUGAUACUGUUGUGCCUCAAGUUUUCAGAGACAUCAGCUCUGGUUUAAAUGAGCUAAGGAGACAACUCAAUCAGCUUGAUUCUGAUGUUCCCGAGGACUUCGCUAUGAAGCAAGAACCUACUGAGUCUGAAUUGGUGCAAUUAAAGGAUCCAGCAGAAUCUUACAUAAGAGAUUUACUUGUUGCUUCUGGUUUAUACUUUGGUUCUUGGGAUAAAUCUUUGUUAAGAGGGGACACAUAUGCAAAGCCUAUUGGGAAAUCAGUUUUUGAAGAAGUGGAAGAAUCUCAUAAGAAAUUGAUCAAGGAGAAUGAUGAAAAUUUUAUGAAGGAUCAAAGUGAGAAUAAGUUACAAGACCACAAGAUUUUGCUUGAUUUGUUAAAUGAGGCACUUUCAGUUGUUCUUGGACCACCUUUGACAUUGUCUAGAUUCAAAAGGAAAUUAUGCAACUCUUCGACGAUGUCGCCGCCUCAAGGAAACGAGCUUUUGAACUUAGUAUGGGAGAGUAUUCGAGAUUCGUUGUAUCUUUCGUCCGACAUAUGUUAUUAUUCAGUUGAUAGUUUGGUGUCUCAACACCUGAGAUCCAUUCCUUGGUCUGGAAUAAUCAAUGAUGAGAUCAAUAUAUUGGAAAGAGAGAUAGAAUGUCUUAUAACUAAUGAUCUUGUUGAUGAACUCACAAAGGAUUUGCUAUGAGGGUUAUACACGGUGUAGCACCGGCUUCUUGGAUUGAAGACGUGUCUGACACGUGUCAAUUUCUAACAUUGACACAUCUGGUUACAUUCAGUCACUUGAAUUUACUUAAAUUAUUAACUGUGUCGAAAUGUUAGUGCCGUGUUUGUGUCUGUGUUGAUGUUUCAAUAGGUUAUACAUGAUUUACACAAACUGGAAAAUAGAAGCCUAAUUGAUAUAGUUGUGUUCUGAUGAUGGAACAAUGCAUGAAUAUGUGUAUAUGUAAAGUAUCUAUUGUGUGUGAGUGUUUAUGAUAUAGGGGGAAUUGAGUUGUGGUAAUACAUAUUGUACAUGAGUGAAGUGAAUAAUUAGAUUAUUUUUUCAAAGCAGCAAAUUUAUUGAUGUUUAUAGUUGUUAAA